AUGGGCAACAUCACUCACCAAGAGCAUCUUCACGUUCCGCAGGAUCAAAGGCGACGCACUUCUGUCCCUGAAGCCCCAGCCUUUGCCGAGCACGGUCCCCUGGUCGAUCAUAAAAUCCCACAAGCGGACGUCGUUCAACAAGAGCCAGACUUAGCAUGGAGUCGAGUCCGACACUUUCUCAGAGAGCCUCUGUCAGAGUUCUUCGGCGUCUUUAUUCUCAUCCUUUUCGGUGACGGAGUUGUUGCGCAAGUGGUCCUCUCUGGUGGUACUAAGGGUGACUAUCAGUCCAUCUCCUGGGGCUGGGGCCUUGGUGUCAUGUUAGGAGUCUACACCGGUGGCAUAUCCGGUGCCCAUCUCAAUCCUGCUGUGACGUUUGCGAAUUGCGUCUUUCGCAAGUUUCCUUGGAGGAAAUUCCCCGUCUACAUGCUCGCACAGACCCUCGGUGCCAUGGUAGCGUCUGCAAUUGUCUACGCCAACUACAAGUCAGCAAUUGAUGUGUUCGAGGGAGGUCCAGAUAUCCGCACCGUCGGUGGCGAGACUUCAACAGCUGGAAUUUUCUGCACCUAUCCCGCACCAUUUAUGACAAAGACUGGUCAAUUCUUCUCGGAGUUCAUCGCCAGCGCCAUCCUCAUGUUCCUGAUCUACGCACUGAAGGACGAUGGGAACAUUGGUGCAGGCAAUCUAACCCCACUCGCCCUCUUCUUCGUCAUCUUCGGCAUUGGUGCUUGCUUUGGGUGGGAGACCGGCUACGCCAUCAACCUUGCUCGAGAUUUCGGCCCUCGCUUGGUCAGUUACAUGAUCGGCUAUGGUCAUGAGGUCUGGUCCGCUGGCGGCUACUAUUUCUGGGUCCCAAUGGUUGCGCCCUUCUGCGGUUGCACAUUCGGAGGCUUCCUCUACGAUACCUUCCUCUUCACCGGAGAGAGUCCGAUCAACACUCCUUACAUGGGGUUGCAAAGACUUGUUCAACCUAAGCGAUCGGUCUGGUCGAAUACAUACAACUCUGAGGGCCAGGUGUGA